AUGUUAUAUUUGCAACUUGUUACUCACAAACUUUCCUUUCUCUUUCAUUUUCAGGCAGAAAUUGUCAAGAGGCUGAAUGCCAUCUGUGCCCAAGUCAUUCCCUUCUUAUCCCAGGAGCACCAGCAACAAGUGGUGCAGGCUGUGGAACGUGCCAAGCAAGUGACCAUGGCAGAACUGAACGCAAUCAUUGGGCAGCAGCAACUCCAGGCCCAGCAUUUAUCACAUGGACAUGGCCUCCCAGUGCCUCUCACUCCACACCCUUCAGGAUUGCAGCCACCAGCCAUCCCUCCCAUUGGCAGCAGCGCUGGCCUUUUAGCCUUGUCGAGUGCCCUUGGGGGACAGUCCCAUCUCCCGAUCAAAGAUGAAAAGAAGCAUCAUGAUAAUGAUCACCAAAGAGACAGAGACUCCAUAAAGAGCUCAUCUGUGUCUCCAUCAGCCAGUUUUAGAGCCUCUGAGAAGCACAGAAAUUCAACAGACUACUCUUCUGAAAGCAAAAAGCAGAAAACAGAAGAAAAAGAAAUAGCAACCCGUUAUGACAGUGAUGGUGAAAAGAGUGAUGAUAACUUGGUGGUUGAUGUUUCCAAUGAGGAUCCAUCAUCGCCACGAGGAAGCCCAGCACAUUCUCCACGGGAGAAUGGCUUGGACAAGACUCGUCUACUCAAGAAAGAUGCACCAAUUAGUCCAGCCUCGAUAGCAUCUUCCAGCAGUACUCCUUCCUCCAAAUCCAAAGAACUUAGCCUUAAUGAAAAAUCUACCACCCCUGUGUCAAAGUCAAGUACCCCCACCCCACGGACUGAUGCGCCAACACCAGGCAGUAAUUCGACUCCUGGACUGCGGCCAGUUCCAGGCAAACCACCAGGGGUCGAUCCAUUAGCUUCAGGCCUAAGAACACCUAUGGCAGUACCUUGUCCUUAUCCUGCCCCGUUUGGAAUAGUACCCCAUGCUGGAAUGAAUGGGGAGCUGACCAGCCCUGGAGCUGCAUAUGCAGGUCUGCAUAACAUCUCUCCUCAAAUGAGUGCAGCAGCCGCUGCUGCAGCUGCGGCUGCGGCUUAUGGGAGGUCUCCAGUGGUUGGUUUUGAUCCACAUCAUCAUAUGCGAGUCCCAGGCAUCCCUCCGAAUCUGACAGGCAUCCCAGGAGGAAAACCAGCAUACUCAUUUCAUGUGAGUGCUGAUGGACAAAUGCAGCCUGUACCUUUCCCUCCUGAUGCCCUGAUCGGACCAGGAAUCCCCCGACAUGCUCGACAGAUAAAUACCCUGAACCACGGGGAAGUGGUGUGUGCAGUUACUAUUAGCAACCCAACGAGGCAUGUGUACACCGGUGGAAAAGGAUGUGUCAAAGUGUGGGAUAUCAGUCAUCCAGGGAACAAAAGCCCUGUCUCUCAGCUGGAUUGUCUGAACAGAGAUAACUACAUCCGCUCCUGCAGAUUGCUCCCAGACGGCCGCACCCUAAUUGUUGGGGGGGAAGCCAGUACGUUAUCCAUUUGGGACCUGGCUGCUCCAACUCCACGCAUCAAAGCCGAGCUGACAUCCUCUGCCCCAGCCUGCUAUGCUUUAGCAAUCAGCCCUGACUCCAAAGUCUGCUUCUCCUGUUGCAGUGAUGGGAACAUAGCGGUUUGGGAUCUGCACAAUCAGACUCUAGUCAGGCAGUUCCAAGGCCACACAGAUGGAGCCAGCUGCAUUGACAUUUCCAACGACGGCACUAAGCUCUGGACGGGAGGCCUGGACAAUACAGUGAGAUCCUGGGACCUGAGGGAAGGAAGACAGCUCCAGCAGCAUGACUUCACCUCACAGAUCUUUUCCUUGGGCUAUUGCCCAACUGGAGAAUGGUUGGCAGUAGGCAUGGAGAACAGCAACGUUGAAGUCCUUCAUGUCACAAAACCAGACAAGUAUCAACUCCAUCUUCAUGAGAGCUGUGUGUUAUCCCUGAAAUUUGCUCAUUGUGGCAAAUGGUUUGUAAGCACUGGAAAAGAUAAUCUUCUGAAUGCAUGGAGAACACCUUAUGGAGCCAGUAUAUUCCAGUCCAAAGAGUCGUCUUCUGUGCUUAGCUGUGAUAUCUCUGUGGAUGACAAAUACAUUGUCACUGGCUCUGGGGACAAGAAAGCUACAGUCUAUGAAGUUAUUUAUUAGAGACAAAUCUGAAUGAAAGCCCUACUCCUCCUUGUAGCACUUUGCUGUAUAUUACUUUUAUUUUUCUCCUUCCCUAUCUGAGGACUGAAAAUGUUCAUCACAGUUGUGGAAUAGUCCCACUAGAUUUGCUAUUUAAUAGCAACCGCUCGUUAAGAACUUGUAAUACCAAAUCUCCAGCUAUCUACUUGGAAGAAGAUAGAAUAAGCAUACUUAACAGGGAACUGACUCUUUUAAUUAUGUAUCAUAGCUGUAAUGUAUUUAUUUUGUUUAAAGAAAUCUUUCUAACAAGGAACUGACUAAAUAAAGUGGUCUGCUUCUGCCUUGGAUUUGAAGAGAGAAGUACAAUAAUGUGUCUCAAAGAAUCACCUUCAUUCCUUCUGGAUGUUUUUGCCACAUUUCUUUGAAAAGGGAGAUGUGUGUCUUUGGGCAAUUUUGCAGUUACAAAGAUUACAAAUUUUUUUUGAUACAUUCAUUGGAAAUGGCACUAAGAAGGGAAUGGAUUCCUACAAGUGUACAAACUGUAAAAACAAGGACCUCAGAGGUAGGAUUUAGAAGAGCACUCAUUCUGAAGUGCGGAACAGAAUGGAUUUUCACUCGGGAGAAGGACUUGCUUUAUUUACUGCCAGUUCUAUCCAAGUCUUAGUUGAACGUCCCUGAAAUGGACGCAGGCUGAGCCAUUGUGCCAGAAACAUUGUGUUAUCUUUUUAUGUUGUUGUUGUUGCUGUUAAACUAUGACCUGUGACAUAUUUUUUUUUCUGAAUGCUUUAAAAAAAUCUUUAAGUCUGUGGAUCUGCUGAUGUACAGUGCCUUUGCUGCUAUGGAUCAAAUCAAAAGAACUGUGUAGAUAAACCUUUAUUGUGUAUCUGUACCACAAAUCUGGUGUUUAAUAGCCACUGCCUCUUUCCCAAGAACUCUGGAAAUCAUCAUUUCUGAGAGAUAGAUAACUAUAAAGAAUGUUUGGCCCUUGCACAAUUACAUUUCCAGGUGUUUAUCAUGGCCUUUCAAGAAGGUAUGACAGUGAAACUAAUAUAAAAUUGGCAAUAGGUCUCUGGUGGUAUAGAUAUACCUUUAUUCUGCAUCGUUCUUUUGUAGUUUUAGGUUUUCAUUUGAUCAGUAAAACAGGCCGUAUUCUACCUAGGUGAAAAAUAUGCUAUGUUUUAUAUUUCAAAGCUCACAGGUACAGAGGUUUUUCUUCCACUGCAGUUUUGCAUCCUUAGUUGCAGUGUGGACAUUGAUACAUCUGAAUUGUUCAUUUAGACUACAGAGUGACGCUCCAUAAUUAUAAGGGCACA